UAUUCGCGUUGAUUCAUUCUUGAAGAGAGCUUUGUAGUGAACAGACCCCACAAGUAAAAAAAAAAUCAUACAGUGAAAGCUUGAUUUAAGAAAAUUUGUGAAAAUUGGAAAGACAAGUUUGAAUUUUUUUAACGAGUUCUAAAAUAUUGCAAGAUUUCAUAAAAUAUAAAAAGACAAAAUGGUUCAAGUUCUAACUAUCAAAGACGUCCCCACUUUCGACAUGGAGCCCAAAGCAGUUCUGAGGACCGUGGUGGAUAAAUAUAAGGGUGCAGAAUUGGACGAUAUUCUCAUUGAAGCGUCAAGAUUACCCGAGAUUUUAGCGUCACUCGUGCCAAGCUGGGAUAUCAAGGAAUUGGACACCUUAAUCGCCGCUGUCGAUGAAGAUGACACCGGUAAACUCAGCCUCUCCAAAAUUUCCCAAAUCCUCAUCUAUUUCCUCAAAAAACAAGCAGAACGAAACACCGACUUGAAGAAGAACCUCCUCAAAAUUUCCCUCAAAAUCAGUACGCAAAUGUGCAUUUCACAAGACGAAGCGAUCAUGAUUGUGUACUUUUACCCCCAGAUUAUUAAGGCUAUUGACGACGGGCAUUGUAUUUUGCAGUAAAUAAAUUUAUCUAUCUCAUACUUUUGUAAAAAAAAAGUAA